GAGCGCGCCCGCCUUCCGCGCUGACAAUUCUCGCCCAGGUGAGGUGCGGCUGCGGAGAGUUGGCUGCAGUUUGGGUCGGAGUAAAGGAAGGUGAUAGUGAGUGAGUGAGGGAGGGAAAGAAAGGAAGGAAGAAAGAAAGAGAGAGGAACAUAAUCCAGACGGAAAGCUUCACUAACAUCACUGCAUCGGAAGGAAGAAAAAUAUACUGCUAAAUCCAAAGGAAACCUGUGUGCGGGGUUAAAGUGAGAGAGGGAGAGAAAGAAAGAAAGAGUCGGGGUUCAGGCUAAAGAAAGAGAGUCUCUUCUAUCUUCUGUUUCUCUCUCUCUCUCUCUCUCUGCCGGUCCGGAGAGACACAGGGGGAAACCAUGGCGGAGCAGGAAAGCCUGGAGUUCGGGAAGGCAGACUUUGUUCUCCUGGACACCGUCAGCAUGAGAGAAUUCAUGGCCAACCUGAAACUGAGGUUUGAGAAGGGCAAAAUUUACACUUACAUUGGUGAAGUGGUGGUUUCUGUUAACCCUUACCGUCCUAUGAAUAUCUAUGGAAAGGAUACCAUUGAACAAUACAAGGGGCGUGAACUAUAUGAGAGACCACCUCAUCUAUUUGCUAUUGCAGAUGCAACAUACAAAGCCAUGAAGCGGAGGUCAAAGGACACGUGCAUUGUCAUAUCAGGGGAGAGUGGUGCUGGUAAAACAGAGGCUAGUAAAUACAUCAUGCAGUUCAUUGCAGCUAUUACAAAUCCCAGCCAACGUCAGGAGGUGGAAAGGGUCAAGAAUAUGUUGUUAAAGUCCAAUUGUGUUUUGGAAGCCUUUGGAAAUGCGAAAACCAACCGAAAUGACAAUUCCAGUCGAUUUGGAAAGUACAUGGAUAUUAACUUUGACUUUAAAGGUGAUCCUAUAGGGGGCCAUAUCAAUAACUACCUCUUGGAAAAAUCUCGGGUUAUAGUGCAGCAACAAGGAGAACGAAACUUCCACUCCUUUUAUCAGUUACUGUUGGGUGGUCCUGAGAAAUUGCUACGAGCCUUGCACAUUCAGAAAGAUCCAACUGCCUACAACUUCAUCAAGGCCGGUGGCGUACUGAAGUCUGCUAUAAACGAUGCUGCAGAAUUUAAAGCUGUUGCAGAUGCAAUGAAAGUGAUUGGUUUCACUGCUGAAGAGAUUCAGACGGUCUACAAAAUUCUGGCCACUAUUCUGCACCUGGGAAAUCUGAAAUUUGCGAUGGAUGGUGACUCGGUUUUCAUUGAAAAUAGUAAGUUGGUAUCCGUGAUUGCAGAGCUGCUUUCAACAAAAAGUGAUGUUGUGGAGAAGGCCUUAAUGUAUCGGACUGUAGCUACAGGCCGGGAUGUGAUUGACAAACAGCACACAGACCAGGAGGCAAGCUAUGGACGGGAUGCAUUUGCCAAGGCAAUAUAUGAUCGGCUUUUCUGCUGGAUUGUCAACCGAAUUAAUGACAUCAUUGAAGUUAAGAAUUAUGAUGCCAAAAUCCAUGGGAAGAACACAGUUAUCGGUGUCCUGGAUAUCUAUGGCUUUGAGAUCUUUGACAACAACAGUUUGGAGCAGUUUUGUAUUAACUACUGCAAUGAGAAACUGCAGCAACUCUUCAUCCAGCUUGUCCUGAAGCAGGAGCAGGAAGAGUACCAGCGUGAAGGUAUCCCCUGGAGACAUAUCGAUUACUUUAACAAUCAGAUCAUUGUGGAUUUAGUGGAGCAGCAACACAAGGGUAUAAUUUCAAUUCUGGAUGAUGCCUGUGUAAACGUUGGGAAGGUCACCGAUAAGAUGUUUUUGGAUGCUUUGAACACCAAACUACAAAAACAUGCACAUUACUCCAGCCGGAAGCUUUGUGCAACUGAUAAAACCCUGGACUUUGAUCGAGAUUUUCGCAUUAAGCACUACGCUGGGCAUGUUGUAUAUUCCGUAAUUGGCUUCAUUGACAAAAACAAGGAUACUCUAUUCCAGGACUUCAAGCGACUAAUGUACAACAGCUCAAAUCCUGUGCUGAAGAAUAUGUGGCCAGAGGGGAAGCUCAGCAUCACAGAAGUGACUAAACGGCCUUUGACUGCUGCCACUUUGUUCAAAUCCUCCAUGAUUGCAUUGGUAGAAAACUUGGCAUCAAAAGAGCCCUACUAUGUCCGUUGCAUCAAGCCCAAUGAGCAAAAAUCUCCACUGCUGUUUGACGAUCAGCGCUGUCAGCAUCAAGUUGAAUAUUUAGGUUUAAUGGAGAAUGUUCGUGUUCGAAGGGCAGGAUUCGCUUACCGACAGUCUUAUGAUCGGUUUCUACAGAGGUAUAAGAUGAUUUCAGAGUUCACUUGGCCAAACCAUGACAUGCGAUCUGAUCAAGAGGCUGUGAAGAAGCUGGUCGAGUGCUGCGGGUUUCAGCACGAUGUGGCUUAUGGGAAGACUAAGCUCUUCAUUCGGACUCCAAGAACAUUGUUCACGCUGGAGGAUCGGCGGACACAGAUGAUUGAAAGGAUUGUCCUCUUCCUGCAGAAGGUCUGGAGGGGUACCAUUGCUCGAAUUCGCUACAAACGCACAAGAGCUGCCUACGUUAUUAUAAAACACUAUAGAAAGUACAAAGUGAAGUCCUAUAUCUUGGAGGUGGGCAGACGCUUCCAAAACGUUGGAAGCAUGAAGAAUUAUGGGAAACAUGUAAAAUGGCCGAAUCCACCCAAGAUCCUGCGUAAAUUUGAGGACACGUUGCAGUCCAUUUAUCAAAGGUGGAGAGCACAUCAGCUGAUUAAGAGUAUCCCACCUGCCGAUUUGCUGCAGGUCAGAGCAAAGGUUGCAGCUGUGGAGAAUCUGAAGGGUCAGCGGGGCGAUCUGGGUCUGCAGAGAAGCUGGGAGGGCAAUUACCUGGCAACUAAACAGGAUAACCCACAGAUGACACCUGCCUUUUCUGCAAGAGCCAGUGAGCUGAAGCGAAAAGACAAAUACAUGAACACGCUCUUUUCUAGCCAUGUACGGAAGAUAAAUCGAUUCAAUAAAUCUGAGGACCGUGCCAUUUUCAUCACUGACCGACAUCUAUACAAGUUGGAUCCACUGAAGCAGUAUCAAGUGAUGAAGACUAUUCCUUUGUAUAAUGUUACUGGAGUGAGUGUAUCAACAGGAAAAGAUCAGCUUGUUGUGUUCCACACCAAGGAUAAUAAAGACCUCAUUGUGUGCCUUGAUAAAAUGCAGCCAGCCAAUGAGAACCGCAUCGGCGAGCUUGUGGGUGUUGUGGCCAAUCACUUCAGAAGUGAGAAGAGGCACUUCCAAGUGAAGGUGUGUGACCCCAUCCAAUGCUCCAUGCAUGGGAAAAAGUGUACCAUCACCGUGGAAACCAAGAUCAACCAGUCGCAGCCUGUCUUCACCAAGACACGCUCAGGAUAUGUCCUUUCGUGGCCUGGGAACUAGCAUAGCCUCAGUCUUUCAGAGUUUCAUCUCAUCCAAAGCCAGAACAUCAUUUAAACUCCAAUAAUUCACAGGCUAACACCAUUAAUGCUGGGGGCAAUUAAAGGAACAGGGCUGGUUCAUGUAAACUCUCAAAGUGCAAAAAUAAUGCCUUCCAGUAGUCUCAUCUCUUCUGUCUGACCUGCAUUAAGCUCCAUGCUGUGUUUAAUUUUCCUUGUGACAUUCUUUGACUUUCACCCAUUGAAAUUGGCUUCAUCUCUUUUUUAUUCCCACUCUUUUCCGCUGGUUUUUGCAUUUCUUUCAUAAUGAAAAUCGUGCCCAGCAGGCUUUAGACUGUAGUUUAUCAGGGUUAAGAACUUUUGCACUCUAUUUAUUGCUUUUAUUAAAGUGAACCUUACUUUACUAAUAGAGAGAUAUGGAAUAAGAUUCUCCAAUAUGAAAAUGAUAAAUAAGUUUACAGAUUUCAAGUAUGUGUCUCAUACUUAGAGUACCCGAAGUUGUGGUACUAAUCUGGUCUUCAAGUGCCUGUUUAUUACUGUACUAGAGUCAAAGUUCUGCUAACUUUAUUGUGUUUGGGAUAUUUUGUUAGAUUAAGAUAAUUAUCUGAAAGUGAAUUCAAACAGUUCAUUCUCAAAUUCUCAUCCUGUGUGAUUGGCUAGAUAUGGUCACCAUAAAAAAAAAUCAGAUGAUGAUGCAGUUUCUAUUUAAAAUAAAAGCAAAGUCACCUUCUUUUGUCUAGUAUCUCCAAAGGAACAAAAAGUCUCAUUUGCCAAGUAUUUUCUACUAUUGAAUGUAGUUUGUAUGAGGUUAUAUAAUGUCAGUCGUGGAUCAAAUUUUAAACCAAUCUUGAUUUUUUUUUCACACCUCCCACUGCCUCUAAAUGCACAUAUACUUCCAAACUUGGCUCAAACAAUACAGAAGUUGUGCUGGAGAUCUCACCCACACCUUGUGGUAACAUUUGAUCGCAGCUUGACUUUUGAUUGUACAGCAAAAACACACAUGGGUUUUUGAGAGUCUUUUAGGAGGGUGCAACAGUUUUUUUUCCCCUGAACGUUAAUUCCCCCACCUCUGCACCUACAGUCUAGUACCUCAAGCAGCUAAAUGUGUGUAAAUGUAGGCCAGUCCCCAAGUUGUGGUCAGUGCCACCUGUAGCUGGCUGCUAGGUGGAGCCAGGAACUAGCCAUCUGAGGUUAAAUAUCUACCCAAUGUGUCCCCUGUCUUUUGUAUGUGUGUCCAAUGCCCCUCCCCAACUGGGAGUCUCAGUUAAUCAAUUAAUACAGUCUCUUCCUACUUGAUGAGAAGGCAAACAGGGCACAGAAAGCUGCAUUCUCUCAAUGACACUAAGUGGCAGAUGCUUAUGCAAUGCUAUUUCAGUACAAACAUUGUACUUGCCUUAUGCAAAGGAUCUCCAUUUUUCAGUACUGUAUUUCCAUUGCUAUUGACCAAGGAUAAGUCAAGAUAGAUCUGGAUAUGAAUCAGGCAGGUGUUUGUUUGCAUGCAUAAUAUAAAGGGAUAUUCAAAAUUUAAGAUGUUAAGUUCUCAAUACUGCACUAUGGUUUAUUGGUUCCUGAUUUGUUGAAGUGACUAGUUUUCUACCAAAUUCUAUCCAGGUGUUGGAAGUUCACAAUGAAAUAACAAUGAUUAUUUUCCUUUUGCACUGUUUGCUGAUUGUGGGAUAUUGCCUACAUAGAUGACAGGUGAGCACCAAGCAAAUCUCCUCAAUCUCCGACUGAACAAUUGGUAGAAACCUCCAGAAAAGUAUAACAGGGUUUUCCUCUGAAGUUACAAGAGGGGAUCAGAAGAACAAUGGUUAUAUGGGAUCCUUCUCUCUAAUCUGGAAAAUUCUUGGAGUGACAGGUGAAAAUAAACCACAGUGCAAACUGAUAGCAUCUGAAAGUGACAAAUUAAGUUAAUACUCCACAAGAAGAGUUCUGGUUAAGGAUCACGGCUGAGGAAUGAACCUACCCGUGUUUGCCUCAGGGGUUGAUUGCAUUUCUAUUUGAAGGGUUAGAUCUAAAGAUUUCAUGGAUGUUCCUGUAGGGCAAGCAUUGUUUUAUGACAGUUUUCCACUUGAGUCAGAAGAUCAUAGAUUCAAAUUACACUCCAGGGCAUGAGUAUAGACCACUGUAGGAAUGCUGCACUAUCAGAGAUGUUACAAGGCCUUAAGUUAAGGCCUUUCUGUCCUCUUAGUUCAAUAUAAAAUGUCUGAAGCAAAAUGUGGAGAUUCUCCUAGUGUCCUGACAAAUAGCAUUUCCUCAGCUGGUCAUUGUUGUAAAACCUUGCUGUGUGCAUGUGGCUCUGAGAUUGUCAGCACACUUUAGGACUGACCAGGAUGUGAAAUGGCUACGAAUGUGAUGCAAGUUCAUUCAUUCAUCCCAUGGCGUUGUAGUCUAAAUAACACUGUUCUUUAACAAUGAUGUCAGAACCCUGGCAACAUGUGAUAAACAGAUACAGUGUGUGCAGGUCUGUCUUAAAAAAUGAUAAAUACAAUUUCUAUCAAAAUAUUCUUCUUUGCAUUUUAAACCACUUCCCUUUUAUGGGUGAACUUUAUCUAAGUUUCUUGAUGAGAUCAUUUUCCUGUCAUUACUAUUUUUCUUUAUAUUAUGCAAAGUAUUGUGAAGCUGAGAAAACUGAAGUUAUAACUACUCACUCGUUACUGCUUGACUCUUGUCCAAUCUGCAAAUCUAUCUAAUCCGGUCUGUGACUGGGGCCAGUGCGGCAUAACAUGUCCUAAAUUAUAAUUUUUAAAAUAUAUUAAAGCUUUACUGUUCUUCAGUUGAUGUGGUUAUAUAUACUCAUAAAGAAAACACCAUUUCUUUUAGCAAAAACUAUUCACUUAAAUGAGCUGAAAGGCUUUUAUUGUAAGAAAACCUUUUGCAAGGAUUAGAUCUGUAGGCCGAAAUCCCAAGUGUUGGUGUAGAGGUACAGGUACCAUAUAGCCAACACAGGAUAUAAAUAGGCUACGUUUGAUAUAUGAUGUUCUGUAUCAUUAGAGAACUAUUUAACUUGGCUUAUGAAGAAAAUCACAGAAGACUGACUUUCAUCAAUAGCCUUUUUUUUAAAUGUACCAUUUUGAAAAGAAUAGUCAGGCCAUUCGGUCCAGAGAAGAUAGUGGAUUUUACUUGUUGGCCGUACGCAAAUUUAUCAAUAAGCGAUGCUACUAAUUAAUACUCAGCUGUAUUCCAAUGAAUGAACUAAUAACCAAAAUAUACACAUACUACAGCUUAAGUCAUACAAUAAACCUUGAUCAUUAUUUAUUUAGCUCGCACAAAAACACUUCAUGCAUCUUCAGUAAUUUGCAGGGUUGUGUUAAAUGAUCAUGCUUUUUCCAUCCUGGGGAGGAUUUUAAUUUAGCUUUCAAUGCUCAUGGCUGAUUGGAUAUUGUGUAUUUCGACUCAAGUCUUUUCUAUUGACUGCCUGAAUUUGAUAAAGUUUCUCUUUGACAAAUAUGAUCAGUAAAUUAAAGGUUAUUGUUUUGAGUAAAGGGACAUUAGUUUCAUCUCUGCAACCUGAAAUCAGGUUACUAAGCCUGCACAGAAUUUGUUCACUUCACCCAGAGACCAUACGUGUGAUUAGCAUGGCCAAUGCAGAAAUUGAGGCAGUGAUAGAGAAGUCAAAACUACACCUGUUAUGGUGAAGUAGAGACUGCACAAUGUAUGGACAGAAUUACCACAGCUUUGUCACUCCCUGACACAGUCAAGUGCAUACAUAUCAGCUUUGGUAGUAUACAAACAGUUGGCUGUACACUGUGGCCCCUGAGUUUCUUUAUUCAGGGAGAGGGAAGCAAAAGGGAGAUGAACGAACAUCAGAAAUGAAAUUAAACACCAGGAACACAGCACUAUUCAUUAAUGCCUAAAUACCCCAGAAUUCAGAUCAUUAGAACACAUACAGCUGGGAUCUGUAGGUUUUGACUCUGCAUUAGAUAUUGCCAAUUGUAAUAAAAUGAUGUAUUUAAUCAGGAAUGAAUUAUGUACAAUGUAUAAAUCAACUUUACUUUUGGAAAUUUAAUAUACAGAAUUCAAAUUAACCAUGCAAUAAAAUAUUAAUAUCAGGAGCAUAACUUUUUUGUACACAAGUGUUCUUUCUUUCUGUUCAUUUGCUUUAAUCAAAGAUUAUCAUGCAAUUUUUAAAAUAAUUUACAGAUUAGCUGUAUUACUGAUCUGUCCAGUAUUGACUUGACAGGAUAUGCAACGGAUUUAUUUUCAUAAUUACUUGAUAUU